CCCCACUUUGUUCCUUUUUCCCUUCCCGUCACACAGCCCCGUUCCCAUCCAUCCCCUUUGCGUGAAACUGCCCACCCCACAUCCAUUCAGACUCCCACCCCACAUCCCGUCCUUCCAACGUUCCCCCCCUCAGUUUCCUUUGUCUGUCCUUGACGAUGCGCGAGAUUGUCCACAUCCAGGGAGGCCAAUGUGGCAACCAAAUCGGUGCCAAGGUGAGUGAGGGGCGCUGUGUGUUAUGUGGACAACGAAGCCCCAUUGCUUGGUGACUGCGUGUAGUUUUGGGAGGUGAUAUCGGAUGAGCAUGGCGUUGACCCAACAGGAGCGUAUCACGGCGACUCCGACCUCCAGCUGGAGCGCAUCAAGUACGUCCUUUCACGAGGCGCAUUCCAUUCAUGGAUGGGGAGAGGAAGCAAACGCCCCAGCUGUGUGUGUUGAUGUUUGCCUUCAGCGUCUACUACAGCGAGGCUACGGGUGGCCGCUAUGUCCCCAGAGCCGUGCUCAUGGACCUGGAGCCCGGCACUAUGGACGCCGUCAGGGCCGGGUGGGUGCGGCAUGCAAAGAACGAAGGACUGUGUCCAUCUUACUUACUGUCUAGCUCUGUCUGCCUCUCUUCGUCGUCAGUCCAUUUGGCAAUCUGUUCCGGCCGGACAACUUUGUGUUUGGCCAGAGCGGCGCGGGCAACAACUGGGCCAAGGGCCACUACACCGAAGGCGCCGAGCUGAUCGACUCCGUGCUGGACGUGGUGCGCAAGGAGGCCGAGGGGUGUGACUGCCUGCAGGGCUUCCAGAUCACCCACUCACUGGGUGGCGGCACGGGCAGCGGGAUGGGCACUCUGCUGAUCAGCAAGAUCCGCGAGGAGUACCCAGAUCGCAUCAUGUGCACCUUCUCGGUCUUCCCCUCGCCAAAGGUCAGCGACACCGUCGUCGAGCCCUACAACGCCACACUCAGCGUCCACCAACUCGUGGAAAACGCCGACGAGGUCCAGGUCAUCGACAAUGAGGCACUCUACGACAUCUGCUUCAGAACACUCAAGCUGGUCGGUCGGUCAGACAGACAGACAGACAGACAGACAUGAAUGAGUCCACAUGUCUGUCUGUCUCUGUGUCUCUUUUUCAUCGUACCGUACCCCGUGUCUGUCCAUGAAUGCUGCAUACGUGUGUAUGUGUGUGUCUCCAUGUCUGCGUGCAGACGACGCCCACGUAUGGCGAUCUGAACCACCUGGUGUCGGCAGCCAUGUCGGGUGUGACGUGCUGCCUGCGGUUUCCCGGUCAGCUCAACAGCGACCUCCGGAAGCUGGCUGUCAACCUCAUCCCGUUCCCGCGCCUCCACUUCUUCAUGAUCGGCUUCGCUCCACUCACCUCACGCGGCAGCCAGCAGUACCGCGCACUCAGCGUUCCUGGUCAGUCGCUCUAACGCUGCAAGAGCGCGACGCACUCUCUCCCUCUGUCUCGUUGUGUGUGUGUAUUGAUUGUGUCUGUGCACCAGAGUUGACGCAGCAGAUGUUCGAUGCGAAGAACAUGAUGUGCGCGAGCGACCCCCGCCACGGGCGGUAUCUGACUGCAAGUGCGUUGUUCCGCGGGCGUAUGUCGACCAAGGAGGUGGACGAGCAGAUGCUGAACGUGCAGAACAAGAACAGCAGCUACUUCGUUGAGUGGAUCCCCAACAACAUCAAGAGCUCCGUGUGCGACAUCCCACCCAAGGGCCUCAAGAUGUCCGUCACAUUCAUCGGCAACUCUACAUCCAUCCAGGUCACUCAGACAGACAGACAGACAGAGACACAGUGUGGCAUACAUACAGGGUGGUUCAGAAAUGCGCCGUCUCUGUCUUGCACGCCUUGAUCGCGUUUGUUUGUUUGUUGAUUGCUUCGUUCCUUCAGGAGAUGUUCAAGCGCGUUGCCGAGCAGUUCACAGCGAUGUUCCGCCGCAAGGCGUUCCUGCACUGGUACACUGGCGAGGGGAUGGACGAGAUGGAGUUCACUGAGGCCGAGAGCAACAUGAACGACCUCGUCAGCGAGUACCAGCAGUACCAGGACGCUACGGCUGAGGAAGGCAAGCAAACCACUGCACAAACAAACGGACAUCAACAGAGAGAGAGAGAGACGCACACCAGAGAGAUGGAGAGAAAGGGAGACAUGUGCAGGGGAGAGAGAGUGAGGGACAGAUGGCUGCUGCUCAUGAGGUGUGUGUGUGUGUGUUUUGGUAUGUUGAUGACCAGAGGGUGAGUAUGAGGAUGAGGAGGCCGAGGAAGCCGACGUAGGCGGCGAGGCCGACGACGAGUGAACAAGUCAAGGGAGGCACAGACAGACAUAUAUAUUCAGUGCAACCAACGGUCCAAGCUGUCAUCCAUAUUAUCUGUCUCCGUCUGCGGUCGGCCGAAAAACAAAUGGCUGCUUCCUUUCCUCCUUUUUGCCUUGCCGUGUUGUUGCUUGUUGGUACUGUUGUCUGACGAACGAAGAAGCGAAGAGAGCUUGUUGUUCAGUUGUCUGCACAUGUGCUAGUUUCAGGUCUGAUGAGCGAACGAACAGGAACAGAGGCAGCUGAACUAUCGGCUGCCUAAUCGAUCGACCAAAGCCCACACACAUAUGUACAUUCUUUGUACGAGAAAACGCCACGCCCCAGCUGACGGAAAAACAGGGGGGCUGGUAUGCUGGAUGACGACACAUCAAUCUGAUCUGCCAAGGAUCUAC